AUGUCUUUAUUGAUACUAUCACUUGUAGUACUGGUUUCCAUCAAAUUGAUUUUAACAUUUACCUCUUCAAUCUGUUUAUUGAAAUUUCUUCCAUUGUCAGCUUCCAAGCUUCCAGUAUUUCGUGAACAGUGGAGAGAACUGCAGAUGCUAGAUCAUGGAGAUGAAAUUGUUGGAGGUCAUGACGUUGUACCUCAUUCAAGACCCUAUAUGGCAUCUCUCCAAAUGUUUGAUGGGUGGAAUCGGCAGUAUGUACAUGAUUGUGGAGGGGUUUUGAUCAACCGUAAAUGGGUUCUAACUGCAGCUCACUGUGAAACGUAA